UACUCAGCUGCUUCCUACUUCACAAGGACACAUCAUGAAGUUCCUCAUCAUCGCAACAUUAUUUGCUGCUACUUCAGCCAAUUCCUACGACCCAACUUCAACACCAGCAUACCAAACUCCAUCUACACCAACGUACGAAGCCCCUUCAACUUACCAACCCGAAAGCUACAUACCUAAGCCGUACAGCUUCUCGUGGCAGUUGAACGACCCUGCAUCCUACAACAAUUUCGACCACUCGGAGAGCAGUGAUGGUAAGGUCAUCUCCGGAUCUUAUCGCGUCGCCCUUCCGGACGGCCGCACUCAAAUAGUUACGUACAAAGACGACAGCAAUGGAUACGUGGCGAUUGUUAAGUACGAGGGUGAAGCUAAAUAUCCUGAAUACAAACCCUCAGCUUCUUAUCCUGUCCCAUCCUAUAAAUCUCCUGCUCCCGUCUCUCAAGUACUUGCUGGAUCAUCCUAUCAAGGUCCUACUACCCCAGCAUCUAGUACCCAGUAUAAUACCCUAGCCACUGUGGCCACUUCACCUUACACAACGCCAUCCACACCGGAGUACAAGAUCCCAGUUACUCGUGCCUACCGUGCUCCGGUUGAUGUUGCGCCCAAAGUUCCAGCUGCUCCGGAAGUUCCAGCAUACAAACCGACUCCUACUAACAAAGCUUCUUCUCAGUAGUUAGUCUAAUAAUAUGUUUUUUGUAAAGUUCUUUGCUUGUAAGAAUCUUGUCAAUGAGCUACGAUCAAUUCGUUGUGUUAAGUGAAACAGAGAAAUAUAUA